UGGCGCACAAGGCUCGCGGCCGCGAUCCAACAAAAGAAACGGGUCUAAGAUCGUAGAACAUAGUGCUCCGACGCCACGUCCCACGAAACUGAACCGCCACGCGCUUGACGGAGUGUGUGUCUGUGCCCUGUAUCCAGACGACGGGGAUGAUAAGCUGCAAAGUUCACAGCGUUGACGUCGCGCGCUGGCGAUCACAUAAAGCACCAGGCUUGGAACCUUCCGACCUCCUCGACUCUAGCCAUCCACACGUUCACCUUCUCGCCCGUUCUUCUUCCCGACUUCUGUACUCUAUUUUCUCACCCGUCCUUCCUUAGUCCGAUUCAAAUCCAUUUUGUGUUGCGUUGAACGCAGCCCAAGUUCAUCAUGUCCUACUCAUGGGUGGGAGCGCCCACGCCCUUCAACGGCACCAAUGCGGCGUUGGGAGGCGAUUCCAACACCGAAAACUUGAAUCAAUGGUAUCAGUCUGGUGACUCCGCGUACAUCAUCGUGGCAUCUGCCAUGGUCUUGAUCAUGGUUCCCGGCCUGGCUUUCCUCUACUCCGGUCUCGCACGCAGAAAGUCCGCUUUGUCGUUGAUCUGGGUGUGCAUGAUGGCGGUAACGGUCAUAACGUUCCAGUGGUACUUUUGGGGCUAUUCUUUGGCAUUCAGCCAGUAUGCAACCAACGGCUUCAUCGGCGACUUGCAAAAGUUCGGCCUCAUGAAGACCCUCGGUGCCCCCUCUCCUGGAUCUCCCCUAAUUCCAGAUCUUCUGUAUGCCUUUUACCAGAUGCAAUUCUGCGCUGUCACCGCAGCUAUCUUGGCAGGCGCUGUCGCAGAACGCGGUCGUGUCAUCCCCAUGAUGAUCUUCCUCUUCAUCUGGGCCACCGUCGUAUACUGUCCGAUCGCAUGCUGGGUGUGGAAUGUCAAUGGCUGGGCCUUCAAGUGGGGUGUCCUUGACUACGCCGGUGGUGGGCCCGUCGAAAUUGGCUCUGGUCUGUCGGCCCUGGCAUAUUCUAUGGUCCUUGGCAGACGCCAGGAGAAGAUGAUGCUCAACUUCCGCCCACACAACGUCUCGCUUAUUGUCCUCGGCACCAUUCUUCUAUGGUUCGGAUGGCUCGGCUUCAACGGCGGUUCUGCUUUUGGUGCAAACCUGCGUGCAACCAUGGCUUGCUGGAAUUCCAACCUGACUUGCGUCUUCUCAGCCGUCACUUGGGUUCUCCUCGACUAUCGUCUGGCUCGCAAGUGGUCCAUGGUUGGUUGGUGCUCUGGUGCUAUUUCUGGCCUCGUCGCAGCUACGCCAGCCUCUGGUUUCAUUCCCCCAUGGGCCAGCGUGGUUCUCGGUGUCGUCACCGGUGUCGUAUGCAACUAUUCCACCAAGAUCAAGUUCUGGGUUCGAAUCGAUGAUGCCCUCGAUGUGUUCGCCGAGCACGGUGUCGCCGGUAUGAUCGGACUUCUCGCAAACGGCGUUUUCGGUGACAGUGCCAUCAUUGGCCUCGACGGUGUGAACACCGGUUUGUUCCCCGGCGGUUGGGUCAAGCACAACUGGAAGCAGCUCUACAUGCAAUUCGCCUACCUCGUCGCCUGUUCCGCAUAUGCAUUUGUCGUCAGCGCCAUCAUUGCUUUCGCCAUCGACAAGAUUCCAGGUCUUCACCUUCGGGCCUCUGAAGAGGCGGAACUUCUUGGCAUGGAUGAUGACCAGCUCGGCGAGUUUGCCUACGACUAUGUCGAGGUCCGUCGUGACUAUCUUGCAUGGACCCCAGCCAAGGGCGACCAUACUGGCAGCAGCGAUAUUCCCCAGGGCGAUCGUCAUGGUAUCGCCCAGCACAGCCAGAUGCUGGAAGGCAAAGAACCAAGCGAGAGCAGUGGUGCCGAGCACACUGGUGUUGGCGGCGACCGUCAUGGUAUUGCUGCUCAGGAAAAAGCGGGCGGUGACCCGAUAUAGAGAAUAUCACAACUUCCAAUGUGUGUGAUGGUUAGCGAUAUCUGUACAAUUUGGUUGUGACAAGCGUAGUGCUGUUGAUGCGUUUUGGAUACAGGAUACCACAAAGAGUUUCUUUAUUUUUAAUUGUUUCCAAAAUUUUUCGAGGAACGACGUCGACGCUUCCUGUGGAAUGGAAUUAGUCGCAAUAAAAGUCCUACACUCGUCUACGAAACCUUCGAGGACCAAUUUUUUUUUAUCAUCGUAAAGUCGAUUGCGAGUUUAAGUAUUCGAAAACAAUAGCAACACCUCGGGCACGACAGGCGUUUGGCGACGGGGAAACUUUGAUGGCAAGGAGUCGGCGUCACAUAUAUAGACUUUAGCAAUACCAAGAAAUUGAUCAUGGACAGUCGUGUAGACGACUUGCCUGUUGUGCAUUA